AACAUAUCACAACCUUCCCCAAUCACCAGGUCAGAAAGGGUCUUCUCCAAUGAAGGGACACAUUAAUCACAGUUUACAGAUGCAAAAGACACACUUAUUUAAGACUAUGGUCCGGAUGCGGGGGAAAUAGGAAAGGAGUGUGGGUUUUGUGAUUAUGGUUUAUUUAUCAAUUUUACAGAUCAGUUUGCAUGCAUGCUUCAGCUGUUUUUACUGAUUACAUCUUAUCUUGCAGAUGUCCUGCCUGUUAGUAAAACCCACGAGCUACAUUCUGAAGAGAAACAUGCUCAAGCCAAAACAAAGGGGGGUCUAAAACAAAAGUCCUGAGGAAAAAGAUUUAUAGCGGUAACCAUGAGGGGGAAAAAGGGGGACAUUACACCGCCUUUCUUUCCGUUUUGGUCCACGGGCCGGAAAAACGCCCACUCGACGCCUGGAAAAAUUACUUUUAAGACAACUCUCAGAAUUCCUUGUUUGGCCAUCUAAAAAAAAAAAAGAUAAAACAUUUCGCGAGCUCCGCCCUUGAAAUCCGUUCGCUCCAGGGCCGCCUCACAGGGACGCUAACAGCCGCUCGGUUCGCCUGUUUCCGGCGCCUUUUUUUUCCUUUUCUCUCCUUUAUUUUUUCGUCUCUUGGCCUGCUAAGCAAACGGUUGGAGAAAAGAGGGCGACGCGGAGGAGGGGUGUUGCCGCCGCUGCCGUCAAUCUUGGCUCCUUCCGGCCGACGGUUUCGCGCCUGGCGGGGCCUUGACAGGCCGCGGCGGGCUUUGGCGGGAUCCUCCUCUUCUAGGCCUCGCGGGGGGCGGGGACGGGCUUUUCGCGCGCUCUUGGAGGGACCGAGCAGAGGGAGAGCGAAGGGAAGGCGGCGGGCUCGGCUCUCGGGGGCUCUGGGCGACUUCCUCCCCCCCGCCACCGUUUCUCCCGGCCCUUGUUCUUCCUCAGCCGCCAUGUCCCAUCAGAGCAACCUCCUCAGCUUCUUCCCCAAAACGGCGAAGAAAGGCCGCGAAAACUCCCCCAGCGAUGGCGAGGACUACCCUCACGUCUCGAGCGGAGCCCCACGGAGCAAGCGGAGCAGGACCAGAGGGGUGCCCACGGCCACCGAUUGUGACUUCUGUGACUUUACACCUGGAGAUUUGGUUUGGGCCAAACUUGAAGGUUACCCAUGGUGGCCAAGCCUUGUGUACAAGCAUCCAACAGAAGGAAUACUUUUCAGGGGUAGAGGAAGAGCAUCUCGCAUCCAUGUACAGUUUUUUGAUGAUGACCCAUCAAGAGGCUGGGUUAGCAUUAGAUACUUAAGACCAUAUGAAGGUUCUGGUGGUAGAGAUACCCAGAGGGGAGGUAUGUUUUACAGUUCAAAGCCUGAAAUUAAAAGAGCAAUGGAAUUGGCAGAUGCUGCAAUGCAAAUAGAUAAAAGUGAGCGACUUGAUCUUGCAGUGUGUGACAAACCUUCAGAAAGUGAGGAAGAUGAUGAUGAAGAUACAGAGCAGGUGAGUGAUGAGGGUGAUGAUUUUUCAGCGACAAAAGAGUUGAAACAUAGAAAUAAAAGGACAGCUGGACGACUGCAGCAGGAUGGAAAAGCAAAAAAGAGGAAGGUCAUAGAUUUGGAUAGUGAUCGUGAGGGUUCAGACAUGGAUUUUAAACCAGAUGACGCCAGCAGUGAUGAAAACAGUGUUGGAGUAGAUAGCGAGUCUGAGAAGGACCCAGAAAAGAAAGCAAAACGUUCCAUUAAUAAAGUUUCUCCUAAACAGACACAGGAAAAGACAUAUAAACCCCUGCAGAGGGAUGAUCUUAAAAUCGGUCGCCCUGAAACUCCCGUCAGAGAAGUCAAUCUUUCAUCUGAGAUCAUGUUCAAGUUGGAAUCCUUUGCAGCUACCGGAAGCUGUGAUUAUCAGCCAAGUCUUAAUGGAGGCGGAGGAGACUCUAUUCCAGCUGUGUGGGAGCAUGAUAAAAUUGAGUGGCUCCAGGAUGGCAAAAGGAAAGAUGCUCAUAGGAGACGACAAAAUGAUCCCGAUUAUGAUCCAAGUACUCUUUUUGUGCCGGAGGAUUACCUUAGAAACUGUACUCCAGGAAUGAGGAAGUGGUGGGAGCUGAAGAGUCAGUACUUUGACUGUGUGAUCUUCUAUAAAGUUGGAAAGUUCUAUGAAUUAUACCACAUGGAUGCUGUUGUUGGAGUUAACAAGCUUGGACUGGUGUUUAUGAAAGGCACAUGGGCUCACUCAGGUUUCCCAGAAAUAGCCUUUGACAGGUUCUCUAAUAUCCUGGUUGAGAAAGGUUACAAAGUUGUCCGCGUUGAGCAGGUAGAGACCCCUGAAAUGAUGGAAGCACGCUGUAGAUCCUUGGCUCACCCAACAAAAUUUGACAGGGUUGUGCAUCGAAAAGUGUGCAGGAUAAUUUCCAAAGGGACACAAACCUACAGUAUCCUUGAUGGUGACUUUUCAGAGACCCACAACAGAUAUCUCCUUUGCGUAAAAGAAAAAGUUAGUGAUUCUGCUGGCCUCUGUCAUACCUAUGGGGUAUGCUUUGUUGAUACAACUGUAGGAAAGUUUUAUGUGGGGCAGUUUUUGGAUGAUCGUCAUUCCUCAAGGCUUAGAACUCUUUUGGCCCAUUAUACUCCUGUGCAGAUUCUUUUUGAACGAGGGAAUCCUUCUGUAGAAACACAGAAAGUAUUUAAAGGCUUACUCCCCUCGACUGUGCAAGAAGGUUUAGCUGCUGGCUCUCAGUUUUGGAAUGCAUCCAAAACAUUAAAAAUCUUCAUUGAAGAUGGCUACUUCGAUGACAAGGAAAAUGGCAACGGUAGACUUGCUCUGCCUCCAGUAAUCAGAUCCAUGACUGCAGAAAAUGAUUCACUGGGACUUACUCCUGCUGAAAACAGUGAACUUGCGCUCUCUGCUCUUGGGGGUUGUGUCUAUUACCUUAAAAAAUGCAUUAUUGACAGGGAAAUCUUAUCAAUGGCCAAAUUUGAAGAAUACAUUCCUGUGGAUGUGGAUAUUGGAAAGGGAAUUAAGUCACAUAGUAUCUUUGCUAAAACAAGCCAAAGGAUGGUGCUGGAUGGAGUAACUCUAGCAAACCUGGAAAUAUUUCAGAAUGGAACUACUGGUUCUGUAGAAGGCACCUUGUUAGAAAGUAUUGACACUUGCUGUACACCCUUUGGAAAGAGACUCCUGAAACAAUGGAUCUGUGCGCCAUUGUGUAAUCCUUGUGCUAUCAAUGACCGUCUAGAUGCAGUUGAAGAUCUAUUAACUGAGGCUGCCAAAAUGUCUGAAAUCCGGGAUCUUCUUAGAAAAGUUCCAGACCUUGAAAGGCUUUUGAGCAAAAUUCACAGUAUUGGGUCUUCGCUUAAAAAUCAGAAUCAUCCAGAAAACAGGGCUGUUAUGUAUGAAGAGGCGAGGUACAGCAAGAAGAAGAUAAUAGAUUUCUUAUCUGCAUUAGAAGGAUUUAAUGUUGUAGUUGAAAUCAUUUCAAUUUUGCAAGAUAUUGUUAGCGGUUUUAAAUCCAAAACAUUGAAACAGAUGGUGACGGUCAAAUCUAAAAAUCCAGAAGGGCGUUUCCCAGACUUGAAAGCAGAACUUGACAAGUGGGAGGCAGCUUUUGAUCACAGCACUGCACGAAAGACUGGUGUAGUUAAUCCAAAACCUGGCUUUGACAUUGAUUAUGAUAAAGCUCUAGAGGAUAUAAGUGAUGUUGAAGAACGCCUUCGCAAGUAUUUGGAAGAGCAGCGCAAACGUCUGGGUGUCAGAGCCAUGAUGUAUUGGGGUGCAGGCAGAAACCGCUAUCAAAUGGAAAUUGCAGAAAGUGCAGUGCCUCGGGAUCUGCCUGAUGAAUAUGUGUUGAAGUCCAGCAGAAAGGGAUAUAAGCGUUACUGGACAAAAGCCAUAGAGAAGAUGCUGAAUGACAUUGUCAAUGCUGAAGAAAGAAGAGAUGCAGCACAAAAAGAUUGUAUGAAAAGGUUAUUCUACGACUUUGACAGAAACAGCAAAGAUUGGCAAGCAGCAGUAGAAUGCAUUGCAGUUCUAGAUGUCCUGUUGUGUCUUGCACAUCAUAGUCAAGGAUGUGAUGGACCAUUGUGCCGACCUGUAAUCUUGCUGCCAGAGGACAACACACCACCUUUUCUGGAGCUCAAACGCUCCCGCCACCCGUGCAUCAUGAAGACAUUCUUUGGAGAUGACUUCAUCCCUAAUGACAUUCUGAUAGGUAUAGAAGGUGAACACCCUGAGAGCAAAGCUCCUUGUGUUCUAGUGACCGGUCCGAACAUGGGAGGCAAGUCAACGCUUAUGAGACAGGCUGGCUUGCUGGUGAUAAUGGCCCAGUUGGGCUGCUUUGUUCCUGCUGAAUCUUGCAGACUUACUCCUGUUGACCGAGUGUUCACCAGAUUAGGAGCUUCAGAUAGAAUUAUGUCAGGGGAGAGUACAUUCUUCGUUGAGCUGAGUGAGACUUCGAGUAUUCUACAGCAUGCAACAGAGCAUUCUUUUGUUCUUUUGGAUGAAUUAGGUAGAGGUACAGCUACUUUUGAUGGAACUGCCAUUGCUAGUGCAGUCGUCAAAGAACUCUCAGAGAACAUUAAGUGUCGUACAAUGUUUUCAACACAUUACCAUUCUUUGGUAGAGGAUUAUUCUCACAGUCCAACUGUGCAGUUGGGACAUAUGGCAUGUAUGGUAGAAAAUGAGAGUGAGGAUCCUAGUCAAGAAACAAUCACGUUCCUGUACAAGUUCAUUAAAGGAGCUUGCCCUAAAAGCUAUGGCUUUAAUGCUGCAAGGCUAGCUAACCUUCCUGAAGAGGUUAUUCAGAAAGGUCACAAAAAAGCAAGAGAAUUUGAGAGAAACAUUGUUGCAUUGAAAUUGUUCAGGAAUCUUUGCCGGAUAGCUGAAGGAGCACCAGUGUCUAGAGAUGAUCUUGAGAAACUAACUGUGCUUUAUGGCUGAGACAGUAUACAGUUUUUACAGCAGUUUUCAAAUCCAGUAUGCAAACACAAUGAUCUAAUAAACUUUAUUUUUUAAAAAUGA